AGAUUUACACAGGGAUACAGCCAUGACCAGAAACAGUGAAAGAAUCAUUGAAAUAGUGGACAAAUGUUUUUCAGAGGGUGACAAGAUGGCCCCAGAAGACAUGCUGUUUUCCUACAGAGGUAUUUUGUACCCACUUACAAUUAGCAGCCCAGAGACUUUGGAAGCUUUGCAAUCCUUUGAAGCCAGGAGUGAUGACGUGGUUCUAGUAGGUUAUCCUAAAUCAGGAACCAAUUGGCUUGAACACAUGGUGAAGGAGUUGGCAGAUGCCAAAUAUACAGAGGAGGAAAUGAAAGAGAGAAUAAAUGCUGAAAAGAAGCUAGAGACAUUUCAGCGUCUAGAAUUUGGGGAUCCCGGGAUAUAUGAGAGGAUGAAGCAGCUUCCUUCCAGAAGAAUUAUAGUAACCCAUCUGAGACCUGAUCUUCUUCCUCCGUCCAUUUUCCAAAGCAAGGCUAAGAUCCUUGUGCUUGUUCAGAACCCCAAGGACACGGCUGUCUCCUAUUACCACUUCUACAAUAACCUACCCCUGCUGCCAUCUUUCGCCUCCUGGGAUGAGUACUUUGCAGACUUCAUGAAUGGAAAAUUGGCCUGGGGAUCCUACUUUGACCACCUAUUGGAAUGGAACAAAUACAUUGACAAUGAGAGGAUCAUGGCAAUAAGCUACGAGGAACUCAAAGAGGACCCAAUACUGGGGAUGAAAAAGAUUGCCUCUUUCUUUGGAUUUUCCCUGUGCGAGGAAGAUUUUUCCAGAAUCGCCAAAAAGACCAGUUUCAAAGCUAUGAAAGAGAAAUCCAAUGAAACCCAUGGAAAGUUUGGGGACGUCCUCUUCCGGAAAGGGGUUGUUGGAAACUGGAGAGACGUCUUCUCUAACGCUCAGAAUGAAGAAAUGUACCGGAAAUUUCAAGAUUCCCUAGGAGGAACAAAGAUGGCAGCAAAGAUAAAAUAUGAUGUCUACUGCAAAGCCUAAAAAUAAGCAGAUGAAUAGCCUGACAGCAAAUCAUGUUCCAAAGGUGAUUCUCCAAAGGUGGAUAGUCCCCAUUUUUCCUUCCCAUGAGAGAAGAGAGAAACCUCUCUGAGAACUACCUGGA